AUGCAAACAAAUAGCUGUGGGAAUUCCAACGACAAGGCACCCUUGCCUUGUGCUUUCCAAGAACCAAUGGCAGCACCCAGACACAUGCAAGAUGGAUCGGCAGCAGUAGCUGAGCAGCUGGAAACAAUUGAUUUGAGUGAGGAUCCCUCUGCCCCGAGGCCCAUUUCCAUAAGUGUUCAUUUAACAAAUGAGGAGAGGGCGGCCUUGAUAUCUUUGCUAAAGGAAUUUCGAGAUGUGUUCGCUUGGAGCUAUGAGGAAAUGCCUGGUCUGAACCCAAGCUUAGUAAGUCAUACUCUGAAUAUUGAGCUUGGUACAAAACCUAUCGUGCAGGCAAGAAGGAAUUUUCAUCCUGAAGUUGAGAAGCAAAUCAAGGUGGAAAUUGAAAAGUUGUUAGCUGCCGGAUUUAUUAAACCAAUCAAGCAUCCUACGUGGCUAGCGAAUAUUGUCCCUGUGAAGAAGAAAACCGGUGUGAUCAGAAUAUGCACGGAUUAUCGAGAUCUCAACCGAGCUUGCCCAAAGGAUGAGUUCCCGCUGCCAAACAUGGAUAUCUUAAUUGAUUCGACCUCGGUGGCUACAAUCAGAUCAAGAUGUCUCCCAAGGAUGCUGAAAAGACAGCCUUUCGAACACCGUAUGGGAAUUUUUUAUUAUACGGUCAUGCCAUUCGGCCUCAAAAAUGCUGGCGCCACCUACCAAAGAGCUAUGACAGCGGUGUUUCACGACAUGAUGGGAAAAGAAGUUGAAGAUUAUGUGGAUGACCUUGUGGUGAAGUCCAAAACCAGAGAAGGCCAUCAAGAAGUUUUAAGGAGAGUGCUGGAAAGGUGUCGGCUGUACAGUUUGAAGAUGAAUCCAAAGAAGUGUGCGUUCGGGGUUUCAUCUGGUAAAUUCUUGGGGUUUCAAGUACACCAGCGUGGCAUAGAUGUGGAUCCAGAAAAGACUAAAGCCAUAAAUUCUCUUGCACCGCCUAAAAGCCCAAAAGAAUUGAAAAGCUUUAUGGGAAGAUUAUCGUAUAUUCGGCGCUUUAUCCCAGGCCUUGCUGCCACCAUGAGUGCUUUUACUCCAUUGCUCAAGAAAGGCAAGAGGUAUGAAUGGAGUGAGAAGUGCCAAGAAGCUUACAAGAAGGUGCAACAAAUAAUCGCCAAGCUGCCCACUAUGAAAGCACCUAUUCCGGGGCUGCCUCUCAAGCUUUAUUUGGCUGCAACAAACACAGCGUUGGGGCCUUACUUGCUCAAGAUGAUCAUAGUGGGGAAGAAACGCUUGCGGCAUUACUUCCUUGCUCACAAGCUACAUCUCAUGGUGAAGUCUGAUCCCCUGUCCGAGUUCGAUAUCACCUGCACCACUCCAAAAGCCAUCAAAGGGCAGGCUGUUAUUGACAUGUUGGCUCUAUUUCCCGAAGUUGAAGAAUCAACAAUCUCUAAGGAAGUUCUGGGGGAGCUGCCGGAAAUGGUUGCUGUUGUCACGGAGGCAGAACCAUGGACCCUCUACUUCGAUGGGUCUUCUACAUCAAAGAGUGGAGGGGCAGGUGUGGUGCUUGUCAAUCCCGAGGGGCAAGCUACGGCCCUCUCGUUUAAGCUAAAUUUCCCAUGCACGAAUAAUACGGCAGAGUACGAAGCUUUUAUUGCAGGGAUGUCUACAGCAAGGGAAAUGGGGUGUCAAAAGAAUUAA